GAAAAAUCCGUCGACCGUCAAGAGAUUAUGCUCCAUUCCGCCUUUGAUUGGCUGCGUCUCCCGCAUACUUGAACUCCAGGCUUGUUUGUCGUGCAGCUCGCGCAUAGCUACGUCACUAGCUAAGCUAAGCACAACCUUUGUCCCACCAGUCCCUCCCCUCCUCUUCCCUCUUAUAACCCAAGGCUGCACCUGCAACUGCAACUCUCCCCUCCCAAUCUUCCCACCACCGCUCUUCAUCUGCCUCCCCUGCUCUUCAUCUAGCCGAUAUUAUUCCAAAUUGCUUCUUCACAUCAAAAAGAUGAGGUUCUCAUUCGCCUCCAUCACGGUGGUGGCCCUCGCCGCCCAGGGCACCGUUGCUAGCAAUUGGUUUGGCAAUCCAGGCAAGCCAGUUUACAACAAGUGGCAUGAGACGGAGCUCGACCGCUGGCUCACCGACCACAACGUUCCCCACCCCAAGGCCGCCGACCGCAAGGAGCUGGAGAACCUUGUCAAGGAACACUGGAACGACAAGGUCGUCCAGCCCUACCACAGCUGGGAUGCAAAGACGCUACAGAAUUACCUCACUCUCAAGGGCUACCAGGCCAAGGAGGGUGCUGAGAAGAACAAGCAAAGCCUGGUUGAGCAGGUGAAGCAGUACUGGACUGAGACCGAGGAGUCGGCGAAUCAGGCUUAUAGUAACGUUCGUGACUGGAUUUUUGACACUUGGACCGAGUCGCAACUCAAGGCGUUCGCCGAUAGACAUGGCAUUCCUGUCCCUCAGCCGCGGAAACGUGACACCCUGCUCCGUUCAGUCCGUGAAAACUACCAGACAGUCGCCAACAAGGUCUCCCAGACUGCUCAUUACCCCGGGGAUUGGCUCUAUGAAACCUGGUCCGACUCUGACCUGAAGGCGUGGUUGGAUGAGCGUGGAAUCCCCGUGCCCCAGCCAUCUUCCCGUGACAAGCUCGUUGCCUCCGUUCGUCGCAAUGCCCGCAUUGCCAGCUUGAAUGCCCAGGCUGCCUACGCCGCUGCCUCCAAGUCCGCCGCCAAUGCUCAGCAAAGCCUAAGUGACGCCCUGCUCGACUCUUGGUCCGACAGCCAGAUCAAAGAAUGGGCCGACAAGAACGGCAUCAAGGUUCCCCAGGGCUCCAAGCGCAAUGAACUCCUUGCUCUCGCUCGCAAGCACCGCGCUCGUCUCUAUGGUGACAACAUCUCUGCCACUGUCACCAGUGCUUAUGGCGCCGCCACCUCCAAGGCCGGUAACCAGUAUGCUCAGGCCACGGAGGGAUUCCACGGAUACACCAACUGGAUCAAGGCUAAGCUGGGCAUGGCUACCGACUACGCCCAGGCUAGUGCCAGCUCUGCCAGCGCUGCUGCGUCUAAGAGCGCCCAUAGCGCUUCUGCCUCUCUCUCCAAGUCCGCCUCCAGCGCCUCGGCCGCGGCCUCCAAGUCUGCGAAGAAGGGCUACGAUGCUGCUGCUGAGAGCGCGAAGAAGGCUACCGACCGUGCUAAGGAAGAAUUGUAAGCGCCAUAGGACGGAGAUGAUGAGUCGGCAUUCAUCAUCUCCUGGCACUCUGAAGGUGCAUCAGGACAUCAAUGGAGCAGAUGACGACGUCAUUACGGGGUCAUGAACCAUGAGAAUUGGUAAGGACGUGUAGCCGCACGAGAGUCGCGAACGAGGGAAGUGAGGGAGACGAGGACGGUUCCUGUAACAUUAUGACGACGAAAACGGUAUUUCCUCAUGGACGUGGUUGGGGUUCUCUUGCACAUAGAAUGGCUUUCACUGGAGCUGGCUAGGAACCUUUUCAGUGGGU